UUUCACUAGCUCCGCCCAAGAAAAUUGUUUAUAAAAUAGUAACAGCCUGUCACACCGAUUAAUUAAUUUAAGCAUUGAUGCUGGACAAAUGAAAGGGUUGCUACGUUAUAACGCCAAGUGAAAUGGAAAAGGCGCGAAUAUGCACGUUUUUGAUUACCGGUGGCAGUGGAUACUUUGGUUUCCGCCUUGCCUGCUCACUACAUAAAAAGGGAGCUAAAGUCAUCCUGUUUGAUUUGAGGCCACCCAGCCUAGAGGUUCCAGAGGGCAUUGUGUUCCUAAAGGGAGAUAUUUGUGAGUAUGCUCAGGUGGAGAAGGCGGUCACUGGCAUGGACUGUGUUUUCCACAUCGCCUCCUACGGCAUGUCUGGCAGGGAGCAGCUGAACAGGAAGCUGAUUGAAGAAGUGAAUGUCCAGGGCACAGAGCAUGUCCUCAGGGCCUGUGUAGAGGCUGGAGUCUCCAGGCUCGUCUACACCAGCACAUUCAACGUAGUGUUCGGAGGCCAAGUCAUUGAGGGUGGUGACGAAAGCCUCCCCUACCUACCUCUCCAUCUCCACCCUGACCACUACUCCAGAACCAAGUCAGUAGCUGAGAUGGCCGUGAUGAAAGCCAGUGGUACAGAGCUGAAGGACGGGACAGGUGUGUUGAGGACCUGUGCUCUGCGUCCAGCCGGUAUAUACGGGCCUGGCGAGCAGAGGCACCUGCCCAGGAUCGUUGGGUACAUAGAGAAGGGGAUAUUCAGGUUUGUGUAUGGAGAUCCGAGAAGUUUAGUGGAGUUUGUCCAUGUAGACAACCUGGUGUCUGCACACGAACUGGCUGCAGAGGCUCUGACGUCAGAGCACCAGCACCGCUCUGCUGGACAGGCAUACUUCAUCUCAGACGGAAGACCUGUCAACAACUUUGAGUUCUUCAGACCUCUGGUGGAGGGUUUGGGUUACUCUUUCCAACUACGUCUACCCGUCUCUCUCAUUUACUUUGUUGCGUUCCUCACUGAAAUGAUUCACCAUCUCAUCGGCCCAAUCUAUAACUUCCAGCCUCUGCUCACACGCACAGAGGUGUAUAAGAGCGUGACACAUUACUUCAGCAUGACCAAGGCCAAGGCCGAGCUGGGUUAUGAGCCCCAGGAGUAUAACCUGGAGGAGGUUGUGCAGUGGUUCAAGAGUAGAGGUCACGGAAGAAAACCUAGUGGUUCACGUCUCCAGCGACUGAUACUAGAUGGUCUUCUAUUAGUGGCUCUAGUAGCUCUGGCCCUCGCAUACCUCCCAGUGGUUGGCAGUUAAUCAGCAGCCAGUAAUAAAGUGAUAAAUCUCAAUGGCACAUUUAAAUGUUGAAACUUGUGCUAUACUAGUGGUGAUGGAUUGUUUGGUUCUCCUUUUAUUAAUUACACUUUUGGCAGUUUGUAAUAAAACAAAAUAAUAUUAUUAACCUGAAUUAGACCUGUUCAAAUUAAAGACCACAUAACCUUGUCUUAAUAAACGACCAUGAUUGUGUUUUGUGUAAAUUCCAACAAUAGAUAUACCUAGUUAGAUAUAAUAUAGCUAACUUUUGUCUUAAUAUUGGCAAUUGUUGGACACAAUGCAUUUUGUUUUUGGCAGGCGUUUAAAGCCAGAAUGGAAUGUUUGUUUUAAUUUGUGCCUGACCAUAGUCCACUAGUUAAAUGCAGUAUUUACAUAAGGAUUCUCUAAACUUGAUAAUGCAUAAGAGACAUUUUUUACAUUUUAGUCAUUUAGCAGACGCUCUUAUCCAGAGCGACUUACAGUUAGUGAGUGCAUACAUUAUU